AUGGGCGUCAUCCGUCUCCCCCGUCCUACAGCUCUCUACGUCCCCAACUCCCCCCCAUCUCCUUCAUCCUCUGCUUCCUCAUCAACACGCACCCUCACCCCCGACAUGAUCUCUCCGCCGCUCUCCCCAGACUUCACCUUCGACUCGGAGACUUUGCCGGCCUCCAGCCUGCCAGCCCUCGAAUACAUCUCCCGCAAACUACAACAGAAAAUGAUGCACGUCACGCUGCUCGUCGGCCGCGGAAAGCCCUACCCCACCGGCGCACCAUCCGACCUAAUGGUCAUCCCCAUCAGUCCUCUGGACCCGAUCUCCCUGCGGAUCGUGCACCGCACCGUCGCCAAGGGCGCCGCCAAAUUCUCCCUGGGAGCCAGCUGGACCGACGCGCUGGCCCGCGCCCAGUACGAGCGCCACACCAACGAAUACCUCAUCCAGCAAUCCAUCAUGCAGAACGAGGUCGUCUUCAGUCGCGAGGGUCUCACCCUGCUGAACGUCGACCGCAUCUAUACGUUCAAGCGCCGACUGUGCAUGCUGUCCUCGAGGGGCCCGCACGUCGAGGAAGAGUAUGUCGGUUCGUGCGUCAGUCUGCUGCAUCGUACCAUCCAAGACUUCCAGGGCCGGCCGUUCAGCAAGGCAUUCUUUCAUCGCGUGUACGAGCAGCUCGACGUGCGGGACGAGUUGCUGAUGCACAUCGCGGACGUCUAUCGGAAGAGCUUUGGCGUCGAGGGCAUCGUGCUGCCUGAGAGGGGUGGUGUUGCCGAGCAGACGGCGACGAGGGCCCCGGUGUCGAAGAAAAGGUCGGCAUCGCGGAUGGGCAAAGGCGCUGCCAUGAAGCCGGUGAUGCAGUCCGUUCCUGAAGUUGAAUGCAUAAAGCCGGCCACGACAUCGACCACAACUACUACUACCCCUGCCAUCAAGAUUCUUCCCGUAAAGCCAGCCCCCGCCAACAAGCCGCUGCCCGCCAAACCAACCUCCACAACGCGACCGGUGCGUAAAUCUCCCCUGCGCGGCGCCAUCCGCUCUCCUCGCGAGGCGGGCCCGCCACGAUCACGCAUGCCGACCAAACGAGGCCCCAAGACGCCGCAGUCCGCGUCGGACGUGACGCCCAUCACGCGAAACGAGUGGAACAUGCUGGUCGGGACGGAUUUCCGACACAUGAAGCCGACCGUGACGAAGUGGACGCCUUCGCCGACCGUGCUGGCAGCAGCUUGA